AUGUCUUGUCAAAUCGAUUCUAAUUUUGAGGAUGAUGUUGAUUUUGUGCCAUCAACUACAAAUGAAGUACAAUCUGUUAGUAAUACAGUAGAUGAAACUCAGAAUCAGAGAGAAAGAACUUCUCGUGCAUGGGAUCAUUUCACACGGCAAAAAAUUGAUGGAAAAAUUAAAGCAGUUUGCAAGUAUUGCGAGCGUAAGUUGGUGGGAGAAAGUUCUAGUGGGACUAGGCAUUUAAGUUCUCACGUGAAAACGUGUCCUAUAAGAAAGGCCCAACUUGCCACCAAUCCUAGUGCAACUGCAAGCCCUUUAGUUUCUUUUAAUUUUGAUCCUGAUUUAGCAGGGAUCAAAUUGGCUCAAAUGAUCGUUAAGCACGAAUAUCCCUUGUCUAUGGUUGAGCAUAGCGGGUUUAUAGAAUAUUCAAGCACUUUAUGUCCCAUGUUUCAAAUGGUGUCAAAGAAUACAAUUAGAAGAGGAUAUAUGGUUGUAACAGCUCAUUUUAUUGAUGAUUCUUGGAGCUUACACAGUCAGAUAUUGAGUUUUAAGUAUGUUCUGUGUCCUCACGAUGCUCCAGCACUACUUGAGGCCCUAACAUCUUGUCUUAAUGAUUGGAAAAUAGAAGACAAGAUCAGUACAAUGACUCUCGAUAACUGUACUGCCAAUGAUUCCAUGAUUGAUCUUUUGAAAGGACAAUUUGAGCCUGACAGUUUUAUUUUGAAGGGAAAGUUGCUACAUGUGCGUUGUUGUGCACAUAUUUUAAAUCUAAUUGUCAAAGAAGGCUUAUCUGUCAUUGGUGAUAGUGUUGACAAAAUUCGAGACAGUGUUGCUUAUUGGUCGGGCACACCAAAAAGACAUGAAAAAUUUGAAGACACUGCUCGUCAACUUGGAGUACCAUACACCAAAAAAAUAUCACUUGAUUGUGUAACGAGGUGGAAUUCAACUUUUCUAAUGCUUAGCACAGCUUUAUCCUAG